AUGACGUUUCGCGCCGUCGAGGAUCGGCCGACGCCAAAGGAGGUGUACAAUCUUCGAUUGUACUUCGAGGCGACGAUUAUCUCCAUGGGAUCGCUGUUAUUUGGCUACGACUCUGCCUUUGUCGGUACAACCAUUGCGCGCCAAAGCUUCGUCGACGACUUCCAUGUGAAAGACGACCAGGCCAACAGUAUCUCGAGCAACAUUACAGCGUCUUUUCAGGCUGGUGCCUUUUUCGGUGCCAUCUUCUGCUUCCUGCGUGCGGUGCUUUCUCUUGCACUAACCGAAAAGAUCGGUCGCAAGUGGUCUCUCAUCCUGUCAAACGUCGUCUUCAUCAUUGGCGCCGUGGUCAUGGUUGCUGCCACGCACCAGCUUUCUUACAUCUACGUCGGCCGCGUCCUCACCGGUCUCGCUUGCGGCGCCAUCACCGCCACCGUCCCGAGUUACAUUGCCGAACUGUCCGUUACAUCCAUCCGCGGUAUCUUGACCGGCCUCUUCGAGGUGUCGUACCAGACUGGCUCCCUCGUCGGCUUCUGGAUAAACUACGGCAUCAACCAGAACAUGGACCAGAGCAGCACGGCUACGUGGCGCAUCCCCAUGGCUGUCCAGCUGAUUCCUUCGGGGGCACUGUUUGCCUCGGGCUUCUUUCUCCACGAGAGCCCUCUCUGGCUGUUCCGGAAGGGCAAGGAUGAGAAGGCGUUGAAAAAUCUCGAGGAGCUCAGGAGGCUUCCUAGCGAUCACCGGUACCUCGUCGAAGAGGUCGACAUGAUCCGGAGCAGACUCGACGACGAAGCCCAUAUCUCGAGCAAGUACGGUGCCGGUACGCUGGCCUUCUUCCGUGGCGCCUUGUACGAGCUCUCUCGAAAGGGAAUGCGGAAUCGCGUGGCCCUUGUCUUUGUCUCCUUUUCGCUGCAGAACCUGUCCGGUGCGGCCGCCAUCAACUACUACUCCCCCACCCUCUUCGGCUCUCUUGGAAUCACCGACGUAUCCCUGUAUACAGGCAUCUACGGGCUCGUCAAGGCCGUAGCCUCCAUCAUCUUCUAUGGUGCCCUCAUCGACCUGUGGGGCCGGCGCAAUCCGACCAUCAUCUCCUCGCUUGCCUGUUCGCUGUGCUUGUGGUUUGUAGGAGCUUACGUCAAGAUUGGCCACCCGGCAUCCAUCAUUGCUGCGGGUAACGACCUCUCUCCGUCUACGGCCGCCGGAGGUAAGGCGGCCACGGCCAUGAUCAUGAUUUACUCCGUCUUCUGGUCGUUUGGGCUCAACGGUAUUCCGUGGAUCGUGUCGGCCGAGAUCUUCCCCGGUGCUUUGCGUAACCUGACGGGCACAUAUGCUGCCAUGGUGCAAUGGCUCGUCCAAUUUGCCAUCACGAAGGCACUCCCGUACAUCUUUUCGUCAUUCGGCUACGGAACUUGGUUCUUCUUUGCUUGCUGGAUGAUGAUUGCCUGUAUAUGGGCCUUUUUCUUUCUCCCCGAGACCAAGGGGCGCACCCUCGACGACUUAGAUGAGAUAUUCGGAUACCAGUCCGACCGAGCGAAUACGAUCAGGACGUUGAAUACCGUGGGCGUCAAGGAUGGAGACAAGGAUGCCGCCAGCGAGUACUUUGAGGAGAGGGCCGUAUAG